AUGACAGAUGCUAAUUAUGAAGUGGCCAUAGAACGCCUGAAACAACGAUAUGACAAUCGCAGUCUUGUCAUUCAAUCGCACAUUCGGUCUCUUCUGGAAUCACCGUAUGUAGAGCAGCCGACAGCUAAAACUUCAAGAACUUCAGCAUUACAUGCCCAUGUCAGUGCUCAUGUUGCAGCACUAAGAGUUCUGAAUCAGCCUACUACGGAACAUUGGGAUGCGUGGUUGGUCACGAUAAUCGUAAGCCGCUUAGAUGCUGCUACCAGCCAUGGCUGGCAAUUAAGACAACAAAACACCCAACUCCCUAAGUAUUGUGACUUAGAGAAAUUCUUAUCCAGUCGGUGUGUAGCCUUUGAAUCUUCAGAAGCAGCGUCCGGGUCAAAAGGAGAUACUAAGGCAAAUUCGAGUAGUGAAACAACAAAGAGAAGUAGUGUCAAACAUUCGUCAACUGAACCAAGGCGAGCUCUUGUAGCAGCUGCUGAUAUAGUAUCCUGUCAUUACUGCACUAAGCCACAUAAACUAUUUAAUUGUGAAGAGUUCAAGGCAGUACCUAUAAAUACACGCCUCUCAUUUGUCCAGGGAAAGGGUAUAUGUUUCAAUUGUUUGUCCACUGGGCAUAUGGCGAAUGUUUGUAGAUCGACCUAUAGAUGUCGAACGUGCAACCGGAAUCAUCAUUCAUUACUGCAUUUUGAAAAGAAGGAAAGAACUGAAGAGAAAAAGGAGCUCCAAGGGCAACAGUCAGAUAAGGGUCAGAUACCAUCUACGUCUGGAAUCCUAGUAUCUGCACCGGUACCAGCAGAAACCGCCAUGAAAAAUGCACACGUAUUUCUUGCGACAGCUUUAAUUACGGUUCGAGACAAAAAUGGUGUACGUCACCAGUGCAGGGCCAUCUUGGAUAGUGGCUCCCAGGUUAACUUUGUUUCGAGGAAAUAUGCAAACUUACUGCAGUUAACAUGUAAGAGGUCUUCAUUGCCAAUAAGUGGUAUUGGAGAUAAUCGUUUAAGAGCAAGGAGAACUAGCUUCUUGUCCAGAACCAACAGAUGGCUGGGUUAUACAGGAUUUGUGUUUCCAUGUCUAGCUGAUCCGGACUUCCACCACCCGCAAGGUAUUGAUUUACUGAUUGGAGGUGGCUCGUUCUUUGAUGUUUUGGGAACAAGGAAAAUACCAUUAAAUAUAGGUUCAGUUACCCUAUAUGAGAGCAAUUUCGGAUGGCUAGUGACGGGAGAACUUUCUAACCAACAUGCACCAACACUUCUUUCAAUGGGCCAAACGAUAGAGGAAGAGUGGAAGGUUCUCAGUACCAUUGAGGAUGCAAGCUACGGCCGGACAUCGAGGGCGAAUAAGAGAAGUCAAGAAGAACAGGAAACAGUCCAACAUUUUAAGCAAUAUACAACUCGUGAUGAAGAGGGGCGUUUCGUGGUACGACUUCCUAUUAAGCAGAAAAUCAGUGAAUUAGGCGCAACAUUGCCUAUGGCGACUGCCCGGUUCCUGAAUGUAGAGAAAAGAUUGCAAAAUGAUGAGAACUUGAAGAAGGAGUAUAUACGUUUUAUGAAUGAAUAUAUUGAAUUGGGACAUAUGGUUGAAGUUUUGGAGAAUUCGAUUCAGACUCAGAAUCACUUUUAUCUACCGCACCAUUCGGUAACAAAGGCGUCAAGCUUGACAACAAAGGUCCGAGUAGUUUUUGACGCUUCGGCGAAGAGCACAUCUGGUGUAUCCCUUAAUGAUGUAUUGAGAUGCGGUCCAACUGUCCAGCAAGAUUUAUUUUCUAUACUAGUUCGCUUCCGCAAGCAUCAAUUUGUCGUAACUUCCGACAUAGAAAAAAUGUUUCGGCAAAUAAAGGUGGGAAGAGAAGACUGGGACCUACAAAGAAUUGUUUGGAGAUCCAGCCCUGAAGAACUACUCCGUUCAUAUCAACUUACUACAGUUACGUACGGAACGACCCCUGCCUCAUUCUUGUCCACCUAUUGUCUUAUAGCACUCGCAGAAAGUGUCCAGAAUGACUACCCGAAGGCUUCAAAGGUGAUCGCCGAGGAUUUUUACAUGGAUGAUCUAAUGACGGGAGCCGACACAGAGGAGGACUGCUGUCAAUUGCAAGGAGACGUCAGAGCAGUGCUAGAUUCAGCAAAGUUACCGUUGAGGAAAUGGUGUUCUAAUUCCGAGUUGGUUCUUCAAAACAUGUCUAAGCAUGUUGAUGACCCUUUGUUCGUAUUAAACAUAGGAGACGAUGAUACAGUCAAGUCACUAGGGUUGCAAUGGAAGCCAGUCGCAGACCAUUUUCAAUAUGAAAUCGUAUCACGAUCCACAGAAGGCGCGCUAUCUAAAAGAGCCAUACUCGCCGACCUGAACAGAAUCUUCGAUCCACUCGGAUUCCUGUCACCAGUUCUAGUGAGAGGGAAAAUAUUUCUACAACAGCUGUGGUCCAUGAAGAUAGACUGGGACGCAAGACUUCCCGUAGGCAUCCGGCAAAGAUGGAGUCAAUUUUAUGAGGAGCUUGAGCGAGUAAGAGCAUUAUCCAUUCCCAGGAAAGCUAUACCUGAACGUGCCAAUAUCAUAGAUGUACAUGGAUUUUGUGACGCCUCCGAAGAAGCGUAUGGCGCCUGUAUCUACAUUCGUUCUCACGGUAGUGAUGGAAAAUGGCAUUCCAGGCUUCUAUGUGCAAAAACCCGAGUAGCCCCGUUAAAGGGAAGCACAAUUCCGCGGCUUGAGUUGAACGGUGCAUUGUUAUUAGCUGAGCUGGCUCAACGGGUUUCCGAGUCAUGGCAAAUCAACGUUCAUCAGUUUAAACUAUGGACGGACUCAACAAUAGUACUAGGAUGGUUGAACAGCCAAAGCAGCCGGCUAAAAACAUACGUUGCUAAUCGAGUAUCACAAAUCAUGGAUGUCACAGAGGUGAAACAGUGGAACCACAUAGGGUCACAGGAAAACCCAGCGGAUAUUCCUUCAAGAGGUUUAAGGCCAGAAGAGCUAUUAAUGUCAAGAUUGUGGUGGAACGGACCUGCCUGGUUGGAAGGCGAUGAGAAAGAUUGGAUCCUAAAUCCGAUAACCCAUGCGGAGGAAGAGCUGCCUGAAGUACGUGAAGUGAAACUAGUACUUGCGGCGACUAACCCAGUAAACGGUAUAUUAAAACACUACUCUGAAUGGAACCGAAUGCUACGAGGAGUGGCUUGGUUAACGAUCUAUUCGAAGUACCUGCGUAAGAUGAUCAAAGGCCCUCAAUCUUUAAGGAUACCCAACUUGAACGAAGCGAGGAAAACAAUUUUAAGAAUGGUUCAAGCUGAGUGUUUUAGCAAGGAGAUCUCGUCACUAGAAAAGGGACAAGAAGUAUCAAAGAAUAGCAAGUUGCGGAGCUUGAAUCCCUUCCUGCGCGAUGACUUAAUACUUGUAGGUGGAAGACUCGAGAACUCAGACAUGGUUGAAGAACGCAAACACCCAGUUGUACUACCUGCGGCUCAUAAAGUAACCAGAAUGAUAUUUGAAAAAUAUCACCUGGAGCUACUUCACGGAGGACCUCAGCUCUUAUUAUCGGAAGUAAGGCGUCUGUAUUGGCCACUUUUAGGCCGAGUAACUGCGAGGUCAGUGGUAUGGCGUUGUGUUCAAUGUACAAAAUCUCAUCCACGUUUUAACCACCCAAUUAUGGCAGCACUCCCAAGAGAUCGAGUUCAGUGUACUAGACCUUUUACAGUAACAGGCGUAGAUUUUGCUGGUCCUAUUUUUAUUCGAAGUGGUUUGAGGCGCGUGGCUGCCAAAAAGGCUUGGAUUGCGAUAUUUGUGUGCUUCUCCACAAAGGCCGUACAUUUAGAGUUGGUUGACGAUCUUUCAAGUAGAUCUUUCGUGGCAACACUGCGUUGCUUUAUGGCUAGAAGAGGAAAAUGUGCUAAGCUGUAUAGCGACAACGGCACAAACUUUGUUGGCGCUCAAAAAGAGUUAGUCUCAAUGAUGAAGAAAGCCAGUGAUGAUUUAGAGAAGGAAGGUAUUGAAUGGCACUUUAACCCACCCUCUGCUCCUCAUUUUGGUGGCAUAUGGGAGAGUGCUGUAAAGAGUAUGAAACAUCACCUGAAGAGAGUAAUAUCUGAUCACAAACUCACGAGCACGGAAAUGCGAACACUACUCUGCCAAAUUGAGGCAUGCCUAAAUUCGAGACCGAUGACACCACUGAAUAGUGACCCUUCCGACUUGGCUGUGUUAACCCCAUCACAUUUCUUGAUUGGAGGUGCUAUGCUAUUACCAGAUGAACCGGAUAUAACUAAGGAAGAGCCCAAAGGUCUGCGUAGAUGGCAACUUGUUCAGAAUUUGAUGCAAACCUUCUGGAAGCGUUGGUCAAAUGAGUAUCUGCCACAGAUCCAAAUUCGUGGUAAAUGGACGAGUAAGAGCGCACAGCUAGCAAAGGGCGAUGUUGUAAUUAUAAAGGAUGACUGUAUGCCUCCAGCCAGGUGGAACUGUAAAAUGUUCUCUUUGGCAAAGUUAUCUUACUACACUUGCAACGAUGAAGAAAAGGAUUUUUACAACGUUUUGGAAACUUUAAAAAUUGAUAUACAACCCUGUUGUAUCGAUAUUAUGAAUUACCAGAAAAAAAAGUCAAAAUUAAAUAUUGAGGAUAAUAAUAUUGAAGUUAAAUAUAUGGAAGAUGAAG